AUGAAAACGCACACAGGGAUUCAGAUCGGAACUCACACCAUUCACCCGUUUGUUCCUUCAGCAAUGUCCCAGAUGAUCUACCCCUACGAGAACGGGCACCCCGACGUCCGAACUGGGGAGGACAACUCUCUCUUUUCUACCGUAGACCCAGCGCCCCCAGUAGAGAUCUUUGCUCUCCACAAAGCUUAUCAUGAGGACAAUUUUGCAAAGAAAGUUGACCUCACUAUCGGAGCAUACCGUGAUGAGGAAGGAAGACCAUGGGUCUUGCCAGUUGUAAGACAAGUGGAGGAAGAAAUUACAUCCGGAAAUAACCUAAGCCACGAGUAUCUAGGACAGCUGGGCCUUGAAGAGUUGAGCAAAGCUGCCACAAAGCUUCUGCUGGGAAAUGAUUGUAUAGCACUGAAAAAGAACAGAGCAUUCGGGGUGCAGACUGUAGGUGGGACUGGUGCUCUCAGAGUCGGAGCGGAUUUUUUGGUGAAAUGUGCUAAACUUACAGUUUUCUAUAUGGCUGAUCCAUGCUGGCCCAGCCAUCAUCUUGUUUUCCCUUAUGCUGGUUUCGCUGAAUGCAGAAUUUAUAGGUACUGGCAUGCGAUGAAGAAAUGUUUGGACAUCGAAGGAAUGCUUGAUGACUUGCGAGAUGCUCCACAAUAUUCUGUUGUAAUUCUUCAUGUGUGCGCACAUAAUCCAACCGGCAUUGAUCCUUCAAAAGAACAGUGGAUGAAAAUUGCUGAUGUUAUGGAGGAGAGAAAUUUAUUCCCAUUCUUCGACUGCGCCUAUCAAGGAAUUGCUUCAGGAGAUUUGGACAAAGAUGCAUGGCCAGUUCGUUACUUCGUAUCCAGAGGCUUCGAACUGCUAUGCGCGCAGUCUUUUUCAAAAAAUAUGGGGCUGUACAGUGAAAGGGUAGGCAACUUAACUCUAGUGUUCAGAGAUCCAAAUGUAAUACCUAAUGUUCGUUCGCAUAUAACCAUGAUGAUUCGAGGCAACUAUUGCAAUCCCCCAAGACAUGGCGCCGGAAUCGCAACCAGAAUUCUCAAUGAUCCCACUCUCAUCGACGACUGGAAGAAUCAAAUGAAAACCAUUUCCAUACGUAUAAAGAGAAUGCGAUGGGCUUUAAGAACCAAACUUCAAGAAUUGGGUACUCCAGGAUCUUGGGAUCAUAUCACUCGGCAGAUCGGAAUGUUUUGUUACUCUGGCCUGACAGAGCAACAAGUGAAAUACUUGAUCCAGCGUUAUCACAUAUACCUGCCAACAGCUGGAAGAAUAAACAUCUGCGGACUGAACGACAAAAAUGUAGAAUAUGUUGCCAAAGCAAUAAAAGAUGCUGUAUUAAAUUUUCCUUCAGAUGAUAUGUAGAAGCAUGAGACUGAUAGACUUCUACGUUCUGCUUGCCAUUUCGUUUUCAAUGGUAUCAUAGUCAUCAUAAAGUUAAUAUAAAAAGUCAUCAUAUAGUUUUGAUAAGUUAAAUGAGCAACCUUACAGAAAAUGCCACCGCUGAAUAAUAUUUUAAUACCAUGUAAUUUUGAUAUGUUAUUUAAAUAUCAUUUCGCUUCCAUUCUGGAGUCAUGCUCAUGAGCUGUGUUAUGAAAUGUUCAAGAAGAAAGAGAGAGAAGUAAUAUAAGAAAAGAAGAGAAAGAUGCAUCGAAGUGCUGUUCUAAGAAAUUAUUUAAAUUAAGGAAAGUUUGUUGUCAUCGUAUUUUAUAUCGAUUUCUUUAAUAUGUUUAUAAUAAAAUAUAUUUUCAAAUA